AUGAAGAUGCAUGUUUUUAUAUUUACAGUUAGCCCGAGCACGAUGAGGGCACCAUAUUUCCCAGCGAGGUCUGUCCUUUUCCGCAAGGAGCCCAACGGGGUGACGUACCGCGUGCCGGCGUUGCUCUACCUGCCCCGCUGCAGCUCCUUUCUGGCCUUCUGCGAGGAGAGACUCAGCCCUUCCGAUUCCCAUGCUCACCUGCUGGUCAUGAGAAGAGGGACUUUCUACACAAAUUAUGUUGAGUGGGAAGGCAUGGACGCUGUGGGCACAGCGUACCUGCCGGGCCAUCGCUCCAUGAACCCGUGCCCGGUGUACGACGACUUCACAGGCACCCUCUUCCUGUUCUUCAUCGCUAUUCUGGGCCACAUCCCCGAAUCCUUCCAGCUGGCCACGGGGAAGAACCUAACACGCCUCUGCUAUGUCUCCAGCACGGACAAUGGCGUCACGUGGGGUCCGGCCACUGACCUCACACAGCAGGUCAUUGGAGACACUAUCAAAGAAUGGGCCACCUUUGCACUCGGCCCAGGCCAUGGCAUCCAGCUCAAGUCCGGACGCCUCCUCAUUCCCGCCUACGCUUACCACAUCGAGUGCAAGCAGUGCUUCGGAAAGCUGUGCCAGACGUCCCCGCGCGCCUUCUGUUUUCACAGCGACACCCACGGGCGAACGUGGCGUUUAGGGGACACUGUUCCGGGCCCGGAGAGCGUGGAGUGCCAGGUGGUGUCGGUGGACGAGGAGGACGGGACCAACUUCUUGUACUGCAAUGCACGCAGCCGGCUGGGCUUCAGGGUGCAAGCCCUCAGUCUGGACGACGGGGCCACCUUUCAGGAGGGUCAGCUGGUGCAGCGGUUGGUGGAGCCUCGUAAUGGUUGUCAUGGUAGCGUAGUGGGCUUCCCGGCUCCACUACAUUUACAUCUUGAGUUCCACUCGCGCCUACUCACCCAGAACUCUCGACACUAUUUAACCUCCCCCAUCCCAUCACAAAAAAACAACUCCCCAGAUUUCCUCACCCCCACGUGGGUGCUGUAUUCCCACCCAACAUGGACCAGUGCGCGAAAGGAUCUAGGCGUCUUCUUGAGUCUUUACCCCCGGGACCCUGACAGCUGGCGAGGGCCCUGGGUGAUCUACGAGGGUCCGUCUGCCUACUCUGACCUGGCGUACGUGGAGCUGCCGCCCUCGCCCGGCUCCCCGCCCGCCGUGGCCUUCGCCUGCCUGUUGGAGUGCGGCUCCAGGACGGCCUACGACGAGAUCUGCUUCUGCAUCUUCACUCUCUAUGAGCUCAUCGAUAACCUCCCGACAGCUGAGACCCUCGUAAGCGGCGAGUGUAACAAACAGCGAGGGCCUGAAGCCAACGGAGGCGAUUGUGAUGCUCUACACAUGAAGAAGAGUAGGAAGAAGAAGCUUGGUGACAUUUGUGCUCUGUCUUGA